UUGCAAAUUAAAUUGCACUUGCAACGACAUAUAACGUGUGCGACAUCCUGCUGCACACAAUAGAGUCUGCACGACAUGACUCAGCUGCGCUGUCAUGAUAUCAAAAACUGUCCUGUCAUGUUUGCAUGGGGCGGACCUCGGGCGGGUCCCCGAGCCCCGGUUUGAUCCGCCUCAGCUGGAGCCAGUGAGUCACGGGUGAGUCCGGGAUCAGGAGGGCCGAGUCAGCCUGCAGGAACGAGGAAGUGGGUCCAUCCUCCGGUGCAACAGUGAAAAACAGAGACCACGCAGCAGACAUGUCCGACCUGAGGCUGGUGGUGUUGGGUCGGACCGGGGCAGGAAAGAGAUCAGCAGUCUGCUCCAUCCUCGGCCUGCAAGACUGUGAGCAGGGCAAAGAUCCAGGAUGCAGUAAACACAGAGGAGAGGUGGCAGGUAGACAGGUCGUGGUCGUCUCCAGUCCCGCCUGGUUCGGCUCAGAGUGCGACCCAAGCGAAAGGAGACAACACAUAUCGUCCUUCGUCGCCUUAUCCAGCCCUGGACCUCACGCCUUCCUGCUGUGCGUCCCCAUGAACCAGCCGGCUGACGGCGAGACGAAGGCGCUUGACGUCCUGACGGAGCUGUUCGGUGCCUCUGCGGUCAGCGCGAACACCAUCCUGCUCUUCACCCACACCGAGGAGCUGGAGGAGGACGAGCCGCUGGAGGCGUACCUCGCCACGUGGCGUAAAGACCUCCAGGAGCUGGUGGAAAGAUGCGGCGAUCGAUACCACACCUUGGAAACCCGGGGCGGAGAACCAGAGGAGAGGAAGGCUGUGGAGGAGCUGCUGGAGAAGGUGGAGCAAGCUGUGACGGAAAGCGGGACUCGACACUUCAGCUGCCCUUUGUACGAGGAGGCCGAGGAACGAGUGAGGGCGAGGCAGGAGGAGAUGGCGAGGCAGAGGAGAGACAACGACCAGGCGGACGUAACAGAAGAGGAGAUGGAGGCAGUCCGCGAUGAGGCAGAGAGGAGCGUCGACGACCUGAACGUGGACGUGGAUAAUAUUUUCCCCUCUCCUCCGUCACCACCAUCGUUUCUCUGGGGCUUGUGGGAGAAGCUGGCAGGCUGGAUGACGUGGUUGCCCACCCUGGUGAGGAGAGAGGCCCUGCUGGGAGCGCUGGUCGGCCUGUUUGUGGGAGGCCCGUUUGGAGGUAUGAUGGGGGCCACGGUGGGAUCGGUCGCUACGGAGGUGAAGAGACGAAAGACGGAGAAAACUAAGAAGACUUAAUCUGAUAUAUUAACGUGUUACGCACCUUAAAAGUCUGUUCACUGUUGCUUAGUCUCAGUUCGGAUACUUCCGUUAGCACUCUCCGUAACUUUCCGUUAAUUUCGGCAGCUUAGUUUUGUCUCGGUUCAAGUAUGGCCGCUCCUUCUUCCUCUUCUUUGAGAAACUGCAACCAGUUGGAGCAUUAGCAUCAACGUCCAACUGCCAAAAUAUAAAUAUAAAACAUUCGUAUAUUCAGCUCCAGCAGCUUCCUCGCCCACUAAUUUUUCAAUGCCGGAACUCCUCAUCUUCCUCUAUGUAGACGAAAUGGCGACCAUUGUGGGUACCAUUGUGGGUACUCGCAGUACACUUAAUUUUAACCAUGACUGACAACGUGAACGCACUUAUGUAUUCAAAAUAUCAAGUAUUAAGUGUGGAAGUACUCGAAUUGAGACACAGCAUGUUACUAAGCUAUGAGCUUUACAGCUAGCACUUGCCCCAAAAAGUAUUUACGCUUGACCACUGAGCUACAUAUUUUCUAUACACCAUUUGCCAAGCAAGCAUAUUGUAAUCUCUAAAUAUCUUUAUUGAUGGUUAAUGGAUCAGUAAGAACAUAGAUUGGGUUGCCAGGUUUGAAAAAUCUCUUUGGUUGGUGCUACUAGUUGCACAUUUUCGAGAUUUUCAGGGGGUCCAGUUUUAUCUCGUGGGUGAUCGUACCCAGAGCCCAAUGUUACACGGACCAGAAAACAAACCGAAACAACGAGCUGAAAAACACUUACGUCACUUACGUGAAGUGAAAAAAAAUCGAGUAGUGUUCCUACAACUUUUAGCGUUGGAGGAUAAACACCAGCCAGACAGAUUCGUCACAACUUGACAACACAAACCAGCAUUAACCAUUAAAAUCUUUAUCAGCUUCGUAUGAACAGUUCCUCUUCUUGUCCACUUGAGGCUGGCUCCAGAAGUGAGUCAGUCUCCAUAAGUCCCCAUGUCCAAAUGUCCAACUUCACAGCAGAAAUAAACAUGUUUACAGCCUGGUACAAAAAACAGUUUUGGUCUCUGUAGCUAAUUUCCCCGUUCAUGACAACUGUACUGAGGGUGAAUUUAUAUACAACUCACCUGUUCAGAUUAUAUUAAGGCUUAAAGUUAUAAAUAAUUAAGAGCAUCGACGCUUUGAUUGACCGAUUUUUAGUGCCAAAGUUUAUAAUUUCAAAUAAAUGUUUCACGUGGCCGUAAUUCUCUAAACCCUGUUUAGACUUUUUUUUAAAAAGCAGUGAUUCAGACGUGGAAACACUUUUGUAAAGAGGCAAUACUGAGAGACAUCCACACGGUGGAGACAUUGACUUUUAUAUUGGAGAAGUUUAAACACUGAGCUGAACCGAGAGUCACUUAUUUCCUGCUCACGAAGCAAAUUAAAGCUGUUUCUACAAACA